UGGUUUUUCCAAUAAUCCGUUCGCUGGUACAGUACAAGUAACCUCUAAGAGCACACAACUGCAAUCUGAAACAUCCAAAAACCAAUCAUGUCCGCCGGCCAAUCAUAAGCUCGGGGGGGCUGCUUCCGGCCUAAUCGAGCUGAACGGCCCAGCCAUUCGCACAGGGCACCAAAAAAAGGUGGGGUGAGCCUGUCAGAAACCAUCCCCCCAGGCGCAUGCCUGACCAUCGUCUUUCCCCGCGCAGUCCGCCUGUACGGUAACCUUGCUCCUAGAUUAUCGCGCCUCCAUCUUCCCAGGAGACACCGCUUUUGCGAAUCGUCAGGAAGUAAAAAUAUUGCCGAUCUCUUUCCGCUCUAGACAUGAGAACCAACUUCCGCAGCGACCCGCAAUGGAACCGGACCCCGAUUCGCCCGGGAUUCUUUGCCUUUAUCCUUAUUACCAUAGCAAACGCUGCGGUAUGCAUCGCAGAAACAGCGCAACGUGUGCAUACAAUAAGGUGCUUCCCCUUCCAUCCCUUGUUUCCUCUCUUCGAGGCUAAGUUAGGCUCACGCUUGUAAGCGUCCUGGUCCUAACCGCCUCCCUGGUCACCACCAUGCAUGUGGGGAUCGACAUGUACUACUUCUUCAUCGUCGGCAGGCUCUACGGGAUAUCAGUUUUCCUCCUGUUCUUCGCAGAGUUCUGCCUCUGGAUGGUGGUUGACGUCUCCCAAGCGACGGAUUUGGGGCUCUUGAGAAAGCCGAAGGGGUGGUUCGAUACAGAUGGGCCGUUUCCCGAGUGCGGAUUUGGGGAUAAUAGGGCGCGUGGUGGGAUUUGUGAGCUAAUGAGGGCGAGGUUCUUUAUUUCGUUGGUGAUUUUGUAGGGUUUCUUUCCGAAUCCGCCCUUAGUUUUGGGGGGGGUGGCAGUGAGCCGGAGGUUGAUGGGUGGUUCGGAGAUUCUAACCGUUUUGCGUUGUAGGGUAUUUUCGUUUGCGUUCACGUUGUUCAGUGCGCUUGCGCCAGCGCCUCAGACAAGACCGCUUUCGGGGUUGACGGGGGGAGGGGAUGGAGCGAGCGGGGAGAGCGGGGAGAGCGCCCAGCGUUGUUCGGAUCAAGAAGUUGGGCAGGUCCAGUUCAAGAGCACGGAUCAAGAGCAGCCGGUGGAAAAGUAAAAGGAAAAUGAGUAGAACUUCCACGUUCGUUGAUUGACUUGUUUGAAGUCCGAGUACCGUAUGAUCAUCGGCUGCGAUGACGCUAGCAGGCUUGGCAUACUUGUGAUUUCGGCGCAUCAGAAGAGUAGGGACUCUGCUUUCUUAUAUAUGUUAUGACCAGAUAGUGCUUUGUUGUUUCCUUAGUACCAAGUCGUCCGUUCCAUCCCAACCUGUUUAGUUCGAAUUGAUUUUUUUUCUUCCUCUCC